AUGGCGCCAAUCCAACGCCAAUCCGUCGCCUAUAUACCGACAUACCAACGCUUUGUGCUUCAACAAAAGUCAUACGGGCAACAGUUUUCACACAUUUACGUCAGUCGAUUGCAACAGCUUCGAGACGUAGUGACUAUUCAAGUCCAGGAACAAACGAGUGGCCAAGUGUCGGUGUUGUCCAAAGUGAUUGAUCUUAAAGCAGACAAUCACGAAUGUGUGGUCAUUGGGACUUUGCUCAAGAUAUUGGUAAAUAAACCAGAUUUAUUCGAUGCGUUAAUAAGUGAAGAGGGUGUUACGCCUAUUGAACAAGUAGUGCAACCCUUGGCUACUAAAGAUGACGAGCUGGUAUUAGAAGAUGAAAGUGGACGUGUGCAGCUUGUGGGAGAGAUCAACGUGGCUACGUUUGUUACAGGAGUAGUCCUUGCAGUCCGUGGUCGUGUACCACGAGACGGAACAGGAGGACAAUUUUAUGUGGACCAAGUGUACGUGCCUUCGAUUCCACCUCAAUACUCGCUCCCAGAGCGACAGAAGAGUGAGUAUGUGGCUUUAGUCUCAGGAUUAGGACUUGGGCGUAAUACGGACCACCAGCCACUUCGAAAUCAUGUCCUUGUAGACUAUUUAGCUGGACGUUUGGGAGAUGAGGAGUUGGUGACUAAAAUUGUAAGGACGGUAGUAGUAGGAAAUGUCCUUCAAGCAAAAGAACAGGGAAUUGUUCACGUGCCGACAAUUAAACGAAAAUCAGUGGAACAACUAGCACUAGAAGGCAAACCAUUGAGAAAUGCUGAUGAAUUGAUGUCCAUCUUAGCGGCAGCGAUGUGUGUGGACUUGAUGCCGGGAGCUUCGGAUCCAAGUAAUUACACUCUGCCGCAACAGAGUUUCCACCCGUGUCUAUUUCCACGUAGUUCGUACUUUAAGUCGUUUCGAUGUGUUACGAACCCAUAUGAAGCGCAAGUGGGAGGCGUGCAAUUUUUUGGAGAUGCGGGACAGCCAUUGCAAAGCAUUUUGCAGUGCACACUUCCGAUUAGUGACGAAGACGAGGAUGGAAAUGAUACAAUGAUAAUGGAUAAAGAAGACCGAGAGCAGGAGCGAGCACUUGACUGCCUGCAGCGGUGUAUUGAAUGGCGUCAUGCUGCUCCGACUGCUCCAGAUAUUUUGGCAUGUUUUCCUAUGGCGAAUGAGGAUCCGUUCAUUUUUGAGACUUGUCCGCACGUGUAUUUUUCCGGAAACCAGCCACGCUUUAGCACACGUCUUGUCAAAGGAAUACAAGGUCAAAAGGUGCGUCUUAUUACCGUGCCUGCUUUCUGCGAGACGUCUACAAUUGUGCUGGUAGACCUCAAGAACCUGUCGUGUUUUCCUAUUACGAUUGGAGUGUGA